AUGAAUGGUGGAGACGGCACAACACGGCAACAACGUCCAACAAAUAAUCCAUCAAAGAGUCUAUCCGAAAGUGAAUUACGCUCUUUAUAUGAUAUACUUGGAUCGAAUUGUGUGACAUUAUCUACAGCUGUUGCUCAAGUUUUGCAUGGUUAUAAUGGUACCUGGAGAAAACAAGCAUGUGGCGUUUUCUGUUUUGUUAAAGACUAUGGAAAUCGAAGCUAUUGUUUUCGAUUGUAUGACCUAAAAGCAGGCCGUUCUAUUUACGACGAAUUGGUACCAGCUUCACUUCGCCUUGAUAAAUCGGUAGAUGUCUUCUAUACAUUCGAUGGAUCGAAUUGUAAAAUUGGAAUAAAUUUUGUUGAUCGCGAUGAAGCACAAACAUUUUGUCAUCAUUUUCAUUCGAAACAGGAAGACCGACGAAGUAAAAAAGAAAAGAGAAAAUGUAAUGCACCAAUGAAAGCACCACCUCCUGCUAUCCCACCACCACCAGUUGUAUCAACUGCAUCCGCUAUUGUGAAUGGAAUGAAACCAACAUCUAGUGUUGUAUCACAACCAGUACAAACAACCGCUGUUCAUACUCCAAAAAAAUCAACUACAACGAAACCAGGUUUUUUCACAAUCGGUCGAAGUAAAAAGAAUGCUCCUCGUCCAGACAUAUCAGCACCAAUUCAAUCAACACUGGUUCAUGUUAGUCACAUUGGAACUAAAGAAAGCUUUUUUAAUGAUGAUGCACAAAAAGAAUUGUUUGAAACAGUAUUAUCUGGCUUACACAUAUCACAAGAAGAUCAAAUAUAUCUUCGAGAUUUUGUAAAAACAGAUGGUGGCUUACAAAAACUUCUUGAAAAACCAGCAACACGUGUAGCAGAAUCGAGUCAUCAAGGACAUAAUCAACAUACAAUGUCAGGUGGUCCACCAGAAAUUCCACCACGUAGUUAUCCAACUAUAAGUCGAAAUAAUAAUAAUGGUAAUCGUGCUCCACAUCAAGAUAUAUCUGCUCCAAUGCCCACUUAUAAUCAAUCGAGUAAUAGUCGUCCUGUAUUAUCACAAGGAAUGUUUACUCCACCAACUGCUCCAAACCAACAAGCGGCUCCAAUUAUUCCACCAAGACCAGGCCCUCGCAUGCCUGACAAUGCGUAUAAUUCAACGCAAGCCCCUUCAACUCCCCCUCCGCCACCACCACCGCCACCACCACCACCAUUUCUAGGAGUGUCUGAUUCCAAUAGAGUACAACCUCCACCUGCAACGCCUCCACCACCACCACCGCCACCACCCCCAAUGCCACCUAAUUUUAUGAAUCAAAAUUCUGGUUGUAUUCCUCCUCCUCCACCACCACCUCUUCCUUCUACAAACACUGGAAGGAGUGUAUCAGCUCCAGUAGCAAAACCAUCCAACGGUUCAGCGCAUGACGAUUUACUUAGUGCUAUUCGUAAUUCUGGUACAUCCAUAUUAAAACCAACAACAGAAAGACCACCAUUAAAAGAAGGUCCAUCCUCUGAUGAUGCAAGUCCUGGAGCACAAGAUACAAUGGCAAUGAAUAUUCUUAAAAUUCUUGCAGAACGGCGAGAGAAACUCAGACCAGAAAAUGAAGACGAUAGUGACUCAACCGACGGUGAAUGGUCAAAUUAA